UGCUUUCCAUCUGUCUGCCUUGACUGACGACGACGACAGCUAAUAUCCACUAAUAUCAUCUACCGCAUUUGCUGUAUUGUCAUUAUCGGUUUGUUUCUCAGACAACAAGGAAUUGUCACCUAAAAAUGCGUUUUCUUUCCGUGUAUAUUGCCUUUUUGGCAAUUAUUGCAGUUAAAGCAGAAGUAUAUUUAGAAGAAUCUUUCGCUGACGAAAAGUCUUUGGAAAAUUGGGUACAAUCAGAACAUGAGGGAGUAGAAUUUGGUAAAUUUGUACUCAGUCAUGGAAGUUUUUGGAACGAUCCAGACAAUGACAAAGGUAUUCAAACAUCUCAGGAUGCCAGGUUUUACGCUUUGAGUCGCAAGUUUAAUGAAUUCAGUAAUGAAAAUAAGAAUCUUGUCAUCCAGUUUUCUGUAAAACAUGAACAGAAUAUCGACUGUGGUGGAGGAUAUGCAAAAGUAUUUGACUGCAGUCUGAAUCAGAAGGACAUGCAUGGAGAAAGUCCUUAUCACAUUAUGUUUGGACCUGAUAUUUGUGGUCCUGGAACUAAGAAGGUACAUGUAAUCUUCCAUUACAAAGGCAAGAAUCAUCUCAUCAACAAAGACAUCAGGUGCAAGGAUGAUGUCUAUACUCACUUUUAUACACUUAUCGUUAAACCAGAUAAUACUUACGAGGUCCUUAUUGACAACGAGAAAGUUGAAUCUGGAGAAUUAGAGGCAGAUUGGGACUUCCUUCCACCAAAGAAGAUUAACGAUCCUCAACAAUCGAAACCAGAGGAUUGGGAUGACAGAAAAACAAUCUCUGACCCAAAUGACACAAAACCUGAAGAUUGGGAGAAACCAGAACACAUUCCAGAUCCAGAAGCAACUAAACCCGAGGACUGGGAUGAUGAAAUGGACGGUGAGUGGGAACCACCCAUGAUUGACAACCCAGAAUACAAGGGAGAAUGGAAACCAAAAGAAAUUGACAACCCCGCUUACAAAGGAUCUUGGGAACAUCCCGUCAUCGAUAACCCUGAAUAUAUUUCCGAUCCUGAAAUUUACAAAAGAAAUGUAUGUGCUAUUGGAUUCGAUCUUUGGCAAGUUAAGGCUGGAACUAUUUUUGAUAACGUUCUCAUUACCGAUGAUGUCGAGUACGCAAAGAAAGUCGUAGAUGAUUUAUGGAAGAAAACUAAUGACGGAGAAAAGAAGAUGAAAGAGGAGCAGGAAAAAUCUGAAAAAGCAGUUGAAGAAUCGAAAGAGAGUCCUAAAGACGAUGAAGAUGAAGAUGACGAUGAAGACGAGGACGACAAAAAAGAUGAUUUAAAAGAUAAUGAAGUCGAGGAACACGACGAAUUGUAAAUACGCUUGCUACAGGGGCGAAUCAGACUGUAUUCCAGGAGUUGCGCAGCCUACGUUAUAAGCUAGCGCAAUGUAGGAAUGGACGAUAAUUGCUCGCAACAACUAUCGUUUCGAAGACUGGAGGAAUAAUCCUGGAUCCUUAAAAAAUAACAUUCUUCUUCGAGAAAAGAUAAUUUUUACGAUGUACAUUUUACAUUUAAACUUAAGACUCGACAAAUUUUUCUUGCGCUAUAUAUAAAUAUUGAAACGAACGAUUAGAACCAAGUUGUAACGUUCGCUAAGCAAUUCCAACUUUGCUGCAUCUAAUUAUCGUCUUGCAGCAGCUCCCAAAAUAAUAAGUUGUUCAGUUUUUGUUUGUCAAGUGUUUUAUAUUAUGAAAAAAUUAAAGUGUAAUUUAAUAUCGAUAUAUAUAAAUAUAAAUAUAUUAUAAAUAAUUAUCUCAUCAUCCAUAAGCCGCAGUAAUGUAAAAGUGAUUGAUGUGUGCAAAAGUGUCUGAAUGAUAAUAAAAGAAUAAUUAUGAAAAUUCAUUAAAACAAAACCAUGUAAUGAGUAAAUAAAAAAGUCAGUUUUUUAGAUGA